ACCAUAUUAUACCGAACAACAUGAACAAAGGGGAUUGCAUGAUCCAGCAUUAUACUUAUCACAAUCCACGAGUCGAUCCGAGUCACCACCAUCACCACUUCAAAACGGCAUGAUGACGAUAGAUCCUCCUUCUCCUAAACAAGCAACAACAGCAGCUACAGGAGGGCGUCGUGAAUCCUUCUCCAAACAGCAUCCAAUGCGGAACGAUCCCAAGCUUGGCAACGAUAACCUCAUAGCGUUUAUCCGUAACCGCGAUAUUUGGGUUGUGACACCUGAUGGCUAUGAAGUACAGCUAACUACCUGCUCGCUUCAGACAGAGGAUCCUACAUUAAGCUGCGGCACGGUCGAAUAUAUCAUGCAGGAAGAAUUCCAACGGUAUGCGGGUUAUUACUGGGGUCCGCCAGAUAGGUCGAUGAAUAGAAUUUUAUACCUUGAGACAUCCGAAGAACAAGUGGAAGUGGUGUUGAUUACCAAACCUGCGCCUGGUAUACAGUCUUCACCAUCAUCAUCAUCAUCAUCAUUCCACACAGAUAGCCGCAGUGGGUCACCAGUCAGGUAUCCACGUGCUGGACGGUCGAAUGCAAUAAGCGACAUGCAGAUGGUCUAUUUUGAUGCAGUGAAACCAGGUCAUCCAACAACAGUGAUCCGUAAACGGUUGUGGGGUGGGUCCCUUAAUGAGCGCUACCCAUGGGCAGAAUAUAUUGUGCGAUUUGGCUGGCUUCCGGAUGGGCAAAGUGUUUGGGCACAGAUUUUGUCAAGAGACCAGCAACGAACAAUUGUACUCUAUAUUAAAUGCGAUCAGUUCGUAUCUGAAGAGGAAUAUCGACGCGAUCCCAAACCCACACAUUUUGAAGUAUUAUGGGAAGAGUAUUCGGAUGUUUGGAUCAACGUAUCAGACGGUUACUAUUUUUUACAGCAACCAUCCAUGGACGACUGUACAGAAUUUAUAUGGAGCUCAGAAAUGUCCGGUUUUCGGCACCUUUAUUUCGUACGGCGCCGUAAGAACCGAUCGCCCAAGAAUAACAGCAACUGUAACGGAUCUAACCGUUUAUUGGAAAAAGAAGAAGAGAAGGAGGAGGAAAACCUAGUACAACAGCUGACAUAUGGUGAUGACUGGGGAUUAACCGACCAGUCCAUUGAUGUUGACGAGCGCAGGAAGCUCGUUUACUUUAAAGCGAAAAAGGACACGCCUCUGGAAACCCACUUUUAUGCUGUAUCGUAUCAGCAACAACAGUCGGCCUACACCAGCAACAUUGAAUAUAGUCCAAUUGUACGAUUGACGGAGCUGGGCUUUAGUCAUAACGUGACGAUCGAUACAAAUGCAGACGCGUUUAUUGAUUGCUUUUCGAGUUUGCAUCAUACCCCAUGUAUCGUAAUACGCCGGAUAGACUAUCAUUGUCACAGCAGUGACGAUGACAGUGAUGACGACUUUAUAUUACCAGCUGUAUCCGAAACACGUGCAACCCUUUUGAUUCCAUUGGCACGGUGUGGUAAUGAGGAAACAGAUCCUAGUAAUGCUGAUGGUAGUACAGCAGCAGCAGCAACAGCAACAUCAGGAGGAUCGGGAGGAGGAGCAAUGGCUGGAAGUUUUGAAGAUUCUUCGUCUUUAAAACGAUUAUCUAUAGCACAGCAAUCACUCGUUUACGUUUCGCCCACCCUGUUAGAGAGCAGUAAUACAUCCAGCAACGACAACUUGCAAUAUUGCAAAUCUGACGGAAUUGAAUAUUUGCAUGAUACAAUGAAAAGCAGCACAAUUGAGUCGUUUGAUGCAGAAACUCAGACUGUGCCUGCUGGUGAAAUUUUCAAUUUUGUGAACCAAGAUGGUGUGCGACUCUAUGGCUAUCUGUACAAACCUCGGCUCUACCAACCGGGUGCAAGUUAUCCAACCAUUCUCUAUAUUUACGGUGGACCAAAAACUCAAAUGGUGAUCAAUGAUUUCCGGCUACCAAGACUACAACGAUACUUGAUGUCGGUCUAUUUCGGAUUCGCUGUGGUAGUGAUUGACGGACGAGGAUCUAGUGACCGCGGCAUUCAAUUCGAGGCACAUUUGAAGCAUCGGCUCGGAUCUGUGGAAAUGGACGAUCAAAUUGCCGGACUGCAGCACAUAUGCGACGCGAAAAUCGGGGCAGAAGCAACAUCAGAUGGGACAUUGGUGAGCGUCGUGGAUAUCAAUCGAGUAGCCAUCAAUGGCUGGUCUUAUGGCGGCUACUUGAGUUUGAUGGGGUUGGCUCAGAGGCCGGAUAUCUUCAAGAUUGCAAUUGCGGGCGCGCCAGUGACUCAGUGGGAAUUGUAUGAUUCGGCUUAUACGGAACGAUACAUGGGCAUGCCCAUGACAAAUCCUGCAGGAUAUCAGUCGGGCAGUGUAGUGAAUAGGGCAAAGCAGUUUCCGGAUGGGGAACAUCGCUUAUUGAUUGCACAUGGAUUAAUUGACGAAAAUGUGCAUUUUACAAAUACAGAAAUGCUGGUGUCCAAGCUGGUCAAGCACAACAAACCGCACUAUCUCCAGGUGUAUCCCACAGAAAGGCAUGGUCUUCGUCAUGCCAGCGUCAACGAGCAUUUUGAAACUUUAAUGUUUUUCUGGUUAAUCAAUUAUCUUUAAAAAAAAUGUCUACAUUAUUAUACGCAACACACACACACACACAUUUGUAAAUUAUAUACCCAUCAUCCCACUUACACAUCGCAGAACGCCCCCCCCCUUCCAUAGCUAUUUUAAAUUAUGUAUGUAUCUUAAAGAAGUAUCAUCCGAACAUACAUCAUACAUGCACUUGCUUUUUUUCUGUACUUGUAACAUUCAAGUGCAACACAAAGACGAUGUUAGGGUUCAUGUUGAC